AUGAGCAUUUCCGGUAGCGAUGUCAAACGAUCGUCCUUUCCUGUUGGUGAAUCAGGUACGAAUGUAACAACAGUAACAUUUGGUCAUCGUUCAGGCAAAUUAUUGGCAACUGGCAGUGACGAUAAUGCCAUUCAUAUUUAUGUCAUUGGUCAACCAACCUCACUACUUACAUCACGAUGUCAAACAACUGCUAUCAGUGCAUUACGAUUUUCCAACGAAGAAAAUCUCUUAGCAUCGGGUAGUCGAUCUGGUGCAGUCAAAAUAUGUGAUCUUGAAAGUCAAAAAGUCAUGCAUCCAGGUGGACAUAAAACAUGUAUUCGUUCAAUUGAAUAUUUUCCGUCGAGUAACAACUUUUUAGCAACAGGCGCUGUCGAUGGAACAGCGAAGCUUUGGGAUCCAAGACGAAAAGGCUUUAUAUUCCAUUAUACAGGGCAUAAUGGAGCCAUAAACGCAUUGAAAUUUUCACCUGACGGCCGAUUUUUAGUUACCGCUUCAGAUGAUACAGCUAUUCAAAUGUGGGAUGUCACAGCUGGUAAAAUAAUAAAAGCUUUUCAACAACAUCAAGGACCUGUAUUUACUAUUGAGUAUCAUCCACGAGAACUCUUACUAGCAUCAGGAGGUGCUGAUAGACGAACUAAAUUUUGGGACCUGGAAAAACUUCAAUUUAUUGGUGAAACAGAACUUGAAACAUCAGCAAUCAAAUGUUUGGCAUUUGAACCGUCAAGUGCUAAUUACUUACUUACAGGUUCAAAUGAUACGUUACGCGUUUAUAAUUGGGAACCUGUUCAAUUACUUGAUAGUGUUCCAAUGGGUUGGAAAAAUGUUGUUGAUAUGACUAUACAUAGAGAUCAACUCUUUGGAGCAUCUGUUUCACAAAAUGAAGUUUGUAUUGGUACAAUUAACCUUUCAAGUUUAAAAACUAAACGACGUAUUUCACCAGUUCGUGACUAUUUUCCAAGUGAUCUUAAAGCACCGUCUAUUGCAACUAGUACAAUGUCCGGUCGACGAAGUCAUUAUCAACCAAUGGCUGUUAAAGAUGAACAUGUCAAACUGAAACCAGAACCAACUAGUGCUAGUAAUAUUGAUGAUUCGAAAACAUCGGUUGCUGAUAGUGUUAUGAUAGAUAAUCAAGCUGAUUAUGAACGAAUUUUUCGUGGUAAAGCACGUCUGCCACGUUCCCCUAGUCAUCAAGGCGGUUCAACAGUAUCUUCGUCAAUAUCAUCUGGAGUACCUGAAACACAGUCAUCGAAAUCUGAAGUUUCAUCAGAACCAUCAUUUUCUUAUACAACAUCGACUGGAUUUUCUAAAUCACCAUCGACAAAUGAAGUUUCGUCAGUACCUGCACCUACCACAGCGAAACCAAAAACUUCUCAAUCUACUUCAUCGCCACCACCACAAAUUGAUCGACCUAUGCAUCCUGCUCGAAUGCCUAAUCCACCGGUAGUUCCAACUGAACAGCCUCGAACAAACGAACAAAUUUUCGCUAGUUUAUCAAAAGCUAAUCAAACAAUUAACACUGUACAACAACAACGUAGAAGUAAUUUAUCAUUAUUGAUUGAUCUAUCACGCAGUAAUACUACACAAAUCACAUUUCAAGCAAUUAUUAAUACAAGAGAUCUUUCACUUGGUUGUUUUCUACUACGUUUUGUUCUUGAAAAACUAGCCAAACGUGAUUGGAAUCUUGAAUUAUGUACAUUAAUUUUACCAGCUAUACGUGACCUGAUCAAAUCACAUUACUAUGUUUACAAUAUGACAGCAUGUCAAGCACUGGAACGAAUACUGACAAACUUUGGUAAAUUGAUCUAUGAUAAUGUUGGCGCUAAAUCAAUUGGUGUAGAUUUGAGCCAACAAGCUCGACGUGACAAAUGUCAAACAUGCCAUCAUGUAUUACAUGAAAUUCGGUGUGUAUUUGAAGAUCGUCUAAAAAAUAUAUCUGAUUUUCCAUCAAGACAAUUAUUCGAUGAUAAUUUACGACUAUUGAAUGCACUCGAGCGACCUUGA